AUGGGUAAAAUAAUUUUAGAGUAUUUGGAUGGAAAUCGAAUUUAUGUAUGCACAAAAUGCCAUAUACAUUUAUCAAAUUAUGAGAGUAUAAUAUCGAAGGUAAGAUUAAAAAUAUGAUUCUAGAAUUUUAGAGGUGGAACUGGUAAAGCAUUCUUAUUUGAAAAAGGGUACUUUAUUUAGAUAAUAAAGUAUCAAUUAUCAUGUUGGAAUACCCGAAGAUAAGGAUCUGAUGACUGGAAAACAUACAGUGUAAGAUCUAAUUUGUAAUGGUUGUAACUAAGUUAUUGGAUGGAAAUAUGUAUAAAUGAUUGAAUUAAUUCAUCACUUAGAUCAAAGCAUAUCGAGAAUCAGAGAAAUACAAAGAGGGAAAGAUAAUAAUAGAAAGACAUUAUAUAAAAAGAAUUAAAUGGAACUGA